GAUACCUACUCCGCAGGCGAGAUUCUCAUUGGUCAGUGACUUGAAUGCGUCCGUUCCUUAGUCCCAAUAGCAAUCCCAUUUUGCCCGGCAUUAACAUAGCAAAUCCUGAAUCGGACCCAAAACGACAAAAAUCCAAACUCGCCAAGGACCCGGGAAUGGAGAACAACACUCGCCACGAUCCGAAUCCGGAGUCAACUCGACCCGAAGAACCAGAGCUCGACCUCUACACCAUCCCAAGCUAUUCCAGUUGGUUUGCUUGGAACGAUAUCCACGAAACAGAGAGGCAAGCAUUGAAAGAAUUCUUCGAAGGAAGCUCAAUCUCACGAACCCCCAAAAUCUACAAAGAGUACAGAGAUUUCAUCAUCAACAAAUACAGGGAAGACCCUUCGCGGCGCCUUACUUUCACCGAAAUCCGUAAAUCCCUCGUCGGUGACGUCACCUUGCUACACAAGGUCUUCCUCUUCUUGGAAACCUGGGGUUUGAUCAACUUCGUCGCCCCGCCGCGACCGCGCGAAGGUUCAGAAAAGGAUGAUACGGUUCGGGUCGAAGGCGGGGCUCCGAAUGGGGUGCGGGUCGUGGCCACUCCCAAUUCGUUGCGGCCGCUAUCUGCGCCGGUUGUUAAAGGGAAGAGCAGUGAUGGUGGGGCUGGGGAGGGUGGACUCAAGUUGCCGCCUCUGGCUUCGUUUUCGGAUGUUUUUGGUGAUUUGAAGCGGCUACGUUGUGGUAACUGUGGAGAUGAUUGUGGUUCUGAAUACUAUGAAUAUAUUAAGGAUCAUUUCAUUGUUUGUGUCAAAUGCUUCAAAAGUGGAAAUUAUGGAGAGAAUAAAUCUAUGGAUGAUUUCAACUUGAAAAACGGCAGUGGGAACAGUGCUACCAAUGGAGAUGUGUGGACUGAAGCAGAAACUCUUCUUCUUUUAGAAUCUGUUUUGAAACAUGGGGAUGACUGGGAUCUUGUUGCUCAAGAUGUUCAAACCAAGUCUAAACUUGAUUGUAUUACAAAGCUCAUUGAGCUGCCUUUUGGGGAGUCUUUGAUAGAUUCUGUCAAUGGAAGGGCCAAUUCCAGUGGCCCCAGGAUGAACAUGAAUAGUGUAAAACCAGUUCCUGUUCCAUCUGAGCAUCAAGAGAAUAUUAGAAACGAGGAUCAAGGGCCAAAUCUAGGUCACGACAGCACACAUGAGAAUGAACAGAAUGGGGAUUCUGAGAAUGAAGAGCCUCCUUUGAAGAAAAAACGCACUACUUCCAUUUCUGAUGCUGAGAGUUCUCUCAUGAAGCAGGUUGCUCUGAUCUCAACCAUGGUUGGGCCGCAAAUCACUGCGGCUGCAGCUGAGGCUGCAGUUGUAGUACUUUCUGAGGAAAUGGCAUGUCCAAGGGAAAUAUUUGAUGGUGAUGAGAUUAACUUAACUAAUGGGUUGCUGUCUCCUACUUCGAUUGGUCAGCGAGAAAGAGCCUAUCAUGAUGAAGAGUCAGAGAUGAAGGAGAGGGCCAGUCCAUCAGAAACUCAAGAGACAUCUCCCAAGAAGAAUGAUGUGCCUCUACCUUUGCGAAUUAGAGCAGCAGUUGCGACUGGUCUGGGAGCUGCUGCUGCUCAUGCAAAAUUAUUGGCUGAGCAUGAAGAGAGGGAGAUUGAACAUUUAGUUGCAACCAUAAUCGAGGCACAAUUAAAGAAAUUGCACUCUAAAAUCAAGCAUUGUGAAGAUGCAGAGCUGCUAAUGAAGAAGGAAUAUGCUGCAAUUGAGGAUCUAAGAGAGUAUAUCGUAGGAGAGCGGAUUAAUAUCUUACAAAGGACAUUUAAUACUGGUAUACCUAAAUUGCGAGUGCACACUUCUGUACAAUGACAAACAGCCAACUUAAGUUAAUGAGUUGUAGAUCAAUGUAAAGUAGCACAAAAGAUGCGAUUGACAUCAAAAUUUAGGAUUUCAAUGGAUGCUUUAUUAUUAUUAUUAUUAUUAUUUUAAGAACCUCCUUUAGA